GUCAAAUUCAAAUUGACAUUUGCCACAGUGCUACUUUGCUAAAUAUGGCAGAUGAAAACACUCAACAGAAGAAAGAAGAUUUAAAGAAAAGACCAAAACGUCAACCAAAUAAGAAUUAUGCUUUAAAGAAACGAGUACCAUUGAAACCCGUGGACGGUGAUAAUGUUAUAUUCAUCACAAAGAAGAAUAAUUUCAAAGCACAACUAGACAAGUGCUGCGAUCUUUUAACCAGAGGCGAAAAGGAAAUUAUUCUUCAUGGUUUGGGAGCUGCCAUACAGAGGUGCUGCAACCUAGCACUGCAGCUAGAAAUAUUAUUUUCUGGCACAUGUCAGAUUGAAAUAAACACUGGGACUGUUAACUGUAUUGAUGAUUUGGAGCCACUGACUGAAGAACUCGACUACAAUUCCCAAGUGAGGUGUUCAUCUUCAAUCCAUAUAAGGAUAUUCAGAACUGCAAUGCUUGGUGCCAACCAAUAAACAUGUUCUUCACGUUGAACGAAAUUGUGCAGUGGAUUGGACUUACAGUGUUUGAAAUAUGGAUAAACCUUAUAACUAUUACUAUAUUCUCAGUGUUAUUAGCACUAAAAAUAGAUGGUGUUGUGUACAGCGCUUGGUGGACAGUGUUUGCACCAUUAUUUGUAAGUGAUGCUAUGAAUGCAUACUUUUGCUGUAUAGUAUGUAUAAGGAUGAAUUUAGAGAGUUCUUACAAAGCCUCCUUGUAUAGGGCAUCUUGGAGUGCUAUUUUCCUAGGUCUGACAUUUGUAUUUAAAUUCCUGCUGUGCAGAAAACUGCAAG